GCAGCCGGACCCGCCGGAGCGGGACUCCCAGCCGGCAGUGGCGGCGGCCGGUCACGGGUCUCGGCCGUCCGUCGGGCAGGGUCAGCCCAUCGAGGCGCUCCGAGGGCCCGCUGGCGUCAACGAUGGCCCAGGCGCGCCCAGCGGACCGGAGGGUCCAGGGGUGACGCAGCAGCAGCGAGAGGGCGAGAGUCGCCAUAUGGGCGGCACUGAGUGGCUGUCGGAGUCGAUUCCGGGCCAGCCACACGUCGACUAUCCGGUGCUGAUCAAUCUGCCAGACUCUGGGUUCGACUGCAGAAGGCAGCAGAUGGACGGAUUCUACGCUGACAUCUCAGACGAGGCCAGGUGUCAGGCAUUUUGGGUAUGCCACAACAAACAGCAAGAUGGCUUCCUUUGCCCAAAUGGCACGGUCUUCAACCAGCGCUACCUCACCUGUGACUGGUGGUUCAACGUGCAGUGUGACGAAUCGCCACAGCACUUCGACCUGAACCGGAACAUCAGCGUGGUGGGCACCCACAUCAGCGCCCAGCCGGCCGGGAUGCCGGCCGGAGCCUCACCCAGAGUUCACCCAGUGCUGACGAUGCUGGGUGACAUACUAAAAUAUCCAGGAGUUCCUCCCGUCCCUCCUUCCAAUUCGACUGCACCUUCAAACAAGUCCGCACCUACAGCCCCUGCCUCUCAAGCAGCGACGCCCAGCUCCAGUCAGCAACCCUACGAUUUUGAGCUAGAUGUGGCCAACGUGUUCGUUGUGGGUGGGAUUCCGGGAAUCCCGCCAUUGGAUACGCAAUGCGGCGACCACCUGCAGUCAAAGGCCACUGACCCUACAGCCUGCAGCUUGAACAGACAACCAACCAAGGGUCCAAAGCUUACAAACAAAAGGCACGCAAAAAAGUCAUCUGCUUACAUCCACAAGAGACCUUACAAGCGUGAUUUAGGCAAUACGAAAACUACGAAGCACUUGCAUAGACGCAAAGCCCGCGACAGCUUUAUGGUGCAGGCGGCAAAGGGGCUAGAAAGCGCUACCUCUAUGCUGUCUUCGAGAAUACCUCAGGUGGAGCAGUCGGCCAUCUCUCAGCUGCACAAGCGUGCCACUUCGCCGUCACCGGCGCCGGCUGCGCUGCCGUCUGCACUGGCCGAGCCGCCUGAUCAGGGAGCCGCGGCUAACCAGGCCGGCCCGCAGCCUAUUGUUCAAACCGUCGAUAAGAUCGCGUUUCCUCUAGCCGCCAACGGUGGAAACCUACCGAAGGUGGAAGAAGACUUCAAAAUUCAAGGCAUGGGUGGCGAUGGAAGGGCGACAUCGAUCAAGGACGUUAUGCCCUCACAUUUUCCGGUUCCAGGCGCUCUCAAAGUCAUGGCUGCAAGCGGAAAGGAAGUUCCAUAUGGCUCCAUGGCGUCUGCUCCACCAAGCCAGACAGGCAGUCAGCAGUCGCCAACUGGUCCAGCCCAGGAAAACGGGGGUGGCCGUGAUUACGCCAGUAUUUCGUUGGCGCAGGACGUAGACUUUGGGCAAGGCAGCAAAGGCGGCUCCGGAGAAGGUGCGGCCGAGGACGGAGCCCGUAGCGGACGCAGCGGGUCUCCCAAUGGACAGACGGCUGUCUCAGGUUUUCUGGCGAGUCCAGUUGCUACCGCUGCUCAGCCCCCUGCGCCCGGAAAUGCUGCGGGCUUGAAUGACGGGUCAAGCGCACAAGACGCCAGUGCGCCGUCCCCUCCAAGUCAGCUCCAGGCAGGGAGCCUGGAACAGUCGAAACAAGGGGGACCAGGUGAAUCAGCUUCAGCCCCUGCAGCAGAACAGUCCGCCAAUGUGCCAACGAACCAAAACACCGCCCCAGAUCCACCCCCGCCACUGCCUCCUCAAGGACCGCCGGGUGAGACUCAUCCACCAGGUCCGUCUGGUGGACAGCUUCCCAGUAGACCUAGCCAGGAUUUGAAAGGUUCUGAAGCUAAACCCAGCCCUUCUUCUGGCAAUUCGGAUUUGCCCGCGGGCGAGGAUGACAAAAGCAGUAUGAAGUCUGGACCCAUGUCUGAGGAAGUCAUUGAGGAGACGUCCAAUGUAAAAAUUUUGCUUCCAUAUUCCAGUAAAACUGGAAAUAGUGACGGCAGCAAUGGAAACCUAGCUGGGCGCUUAGGAAUGCCAAGCGGUGCGUCAUAUAUGCAUGGACAACCUUUGGCAGAGGUGCAACCCACUUCUGUCCAGAUGCUUUCUGGCCAUGAACACGAAGCAGUUUCUGCUUCUAUAAAUCAACCCACUAAAAACACAGUUACAAAUCCGACGCAGUUUCCUAGUAGCGAAACACAAACCAGCAUCAAUAAAACAGGAAGCGCACCUGGGAAUCCAUAUGCCUCUUCCGCUCCCGCUGAUGACAGUUCCACGGGCGACAUCAGUAAGCUGCUAGAUUCCGACCCUACGAGCCAGCAGACUGGUUCCGUGCCUGCUGGAGGGGGCCAAUUCGACUCCGCUACUGGCGUGGUUGCCCAUGAGGGCUCUUCAGAAAUCACGAAGGAAUUGGACAGCUCAUCGCAGUUUGUUCAAGGUGAAGGCCAAGACACUGGAUCGCUCGCGUCCAACAUAAAGGUGCAAGAAAAAAAGCUGGGUAAUAAACCAGCAUUUUCUUCGCUUUUAGAUGAUCCUUCAGCACUGAAGAAGGAAAUGCCGUCUGAAAACUUCAAGGUUCUUCAGCAGCCACGACGGAAGCCGGAGCAGGACGGUGCGCUCAUUCCAGGCCACAAAAGUGUUCAAAUAAAAUCAGAAUCAGUGAGCAGAAUCAUAAAAAAUCCAUCGCGUCACAGAAGUGCGAUCAGCGAUCCAGCUGGGAUGGAUCUGCCGGAGCUUUUGAGACCCCCGAGCUUUGCGUCAUAUUUGAGUAGGGGAGGCUUUUCUCUCGACGAUUCGAUGCUGUCCUACAGCCCGACCCCGCCGCCGCACCCCGCCAUAUCUAGAAUCAAGGGAUCUAUCGACAUGAAGUCGGGAUCCAACAUGGCCCGCGCCGCUGGCCCCCCGCCGCCUGGUGCCGUGGCUGACCUGCCUCCCUCCCUCGACAGUCGUGCAUCGGACGCAGCUGGCUCACGGGUCGGGUCAGCGGCACCUCAGGACGGAGACUUGUCGGCCAGGGUCUCAGAGACGCUCAGCAUGGUCGAUACCAUCCUGGGGCCUCCGCCUUUUAAGUCGAGACGAAGUUACAAACCCGGGAAACCGCGUCAGCCGUACCGCAACGCCGAGGACAUGUCUUUGAAAUCCAAUUCCUUCGGAAGUCGAAGCCGGAAGAGGUCUUCGGAGUCGGAGCCAUUGUACAGCGACCUGGGGUUAAAUCUUUCGGUACUGAUCAGUGGAUCGCCAAACAGCACACCGCCGAGCAGUGCCGGAGCGUCAGCCAACGCCAUGACCAGCCUUGGACAGCCGCCCCCACGCCAGCACGUUAGCGAAAAUAAGGAGCAUAUUUAUGUUGUAAAGCCAUCCGCGGCCCGGGCUCCUAAUGAAGACGAAAAAAGCACGUUUCGGGUUAACUUGAGGCCAAAGGAGAAACCAUCCUCCCAGGAACCUAAGGUCGAAGAGCGCGUUGAUAUCAAAAUGUAG